AAUGCUGACUUUAUCAAAGGGUAUGUUAAUUGAAAUUCUUACUUGUUUUAUUUAUUUGUUUAUUUUAUUUUUCUAUAUUUUUGGAAAGUCACAUUGACAUUGAAAUCUCUUUCUUUCUUUAUUCUACAAACCAUUACAAUAAUUUCUUGAUAUGGUUUUCAAUGUACAGACUUAAUUUGGCCCAAAGCAAGCGAAGAAAGAAACAAUCCACGUUCGUUCUUUGUUAUUAAUAGUUCUUUACUGCCAUGGCAACACCCAAACUUUAAACAUGGCGUCUCUUUUAACAGACCCGUUGUUUGAGAGCUCUGGAGUAGGCCGUCCUCCCAACAAGAACUUUUACCAUUUUACUGUCACCAAGUCAGAUAUCAUAUGGAGAUGGUGGAAGAUCUCUCUGAGAGCUGUGGACAGAUUCUCCAAACCUGGGGAGCUGAAAGAGUCUCACCAGGACUUCUUGGACAACACAUGGCUGCAGAGUGAGGUCAGUGUGGUUUUUGGUCCUGGAAUCUUGGUGUACACCAAGGCUCUGUGCCAAGGCCAUUAUGAUUAUCUGGAUCAUCUGUCUGACUGCUUACUUCUGAGGAUAAUAAACUAUCUUGAACUAGAGGAUGUGGAGCAGCUUCGACGAACGUCACAUCGGUUCAAGCAGUUAUGUGGGUCAGAGAUGUUUUGGGAGCAGGCAGUGCGCAGAUGCUGCAACACAGUUUCAGAUGAAGUGGUUUCCCUGGCUCUUGAGAUGGGAUGGCGAAGCAUCUUCUUCACCAGCAAGCUACAGCUGCAGAAGCUGAUCAGCCGCAGGAGGCUUCAGACUGACAAGCAACAUGAAGGACAGGUAUCUGACCGAGAGACAAACGUAGACAGGUCUCGUGACGAGAGUUCCGAGCAAACCCAAGCGUCUGACUCUGAGGAGGAAUUUCCCCAUGCUGGCAUUAGCCCUGAUAUGAGCCAUAGCACCGGCACUGGAACUGGCUUUGACACCAACUCUUGCUCUGAUAUGGAUCCUGGCUCUAGCUCUGAAGCUGAGGCCUCUUCUGAUUCCAGUGAGUCUGUGCCAGAAAAGGUCUUGGAUGACAUAAAACGUCAGUGCAGCACAAAGCAUUGGUAGAGGAGCCUGCGGCAUAGACACAAACAAAAGACAUUGAGUUAAAGGUUUACUGUAAAUGAUUUAGUGACAUCUAGUGCUGAAGUUGCAUAUUACUACCAGUUGAAUCUCCCCCAAUUUCAUUCAGACUAAAACUGAAAUAUCGCCUGAAUUAUUAUUUUAACAUGCAUGUAAAUUACCUUUAGUGAUAUUCUUAGUUGAUUAUACUCAGAUAAAAACAAUAUCAUGAACAUAUCACUCCAUUCUACAUGUUCUGAUUAAUCCCCAUAAAUCCUCACACUCAACCUUUGAGCUUCUUAUAAAAUGUUGAAUACUGUAUUUCAAGCUUAUAUUGAUAUGCCAUUUAUUCUUAUUCCUCACACUAAAAUUUGUUAUGUAUUGAUCAUUGAAAUAAUAUUAUCUUUUAAGUAUGAUUUAAAAAUGUUUUUAUUUAGUAUCUUCUCUUAGAUAUUUGAGGAAAAUUUAAUUUGUAUGUCAACUGUGCCACAACUCUCCUAAACUUGACAACUAAAUACAAGUUACUAUCUAGAAUACUGUAAGUUAUACAUUUAGAAAUAAAUGUAAUACACACGGUUAUACUCUCUGUAUCUUCUAAUCUGUAAAAUCAUUCAUCAGUUUGGGUAAAACAGUUUUUUAGAGUUUAUGCCCGAAAAGGGUCAUAAAUAGCUAACAAU